AUGUGGCUUGCUGUUCUGUUCGGAACUUUCUUAACGUGGAUUUUCUGUUUUAUUUGGACGAUCAACAGAGACGAUUGGAUAUCAGGGAAGAAGAUGAAGGAAGAAAGAGAAAAGAGGAAACAGGAAGAAAGCGAAAUCUCCGCUGCGGACAAGGCUCUUCAAGCUGUUGCAAACAUGGUGGAGAACGCGCUCGAAUGGACAAUUCAAGGAGUCGGAAACAUUUCGGCAAUCGAGAGUAGCGAUUCUGCCGAGAGAGCCCCUUGUGGAUGCUUGGCCAAAAGCAAAGCGAAACUACCAUACGAUGUAGACAAAGUUAGAAGAGUUGUUGAUCUUUCUCGUCCUAUGCCCACACGCGAAGACACUGUUGGAAUCUUGAAAAAUGGUCAUGUGAAGCUGGCCUACGUCAUUAAUAUCGAUCAUGGUCUUCGAAAAAGUCCAGAGUACGCAAAUUUGGCGUUUGUGGUUGACCGUGGCUUUAGCCUUGGCGAAACGGUGGUUUUGUAUCAGAAUGAGUUUCCGGACGAUGCGAAAAAAGCCAUUGAACGUACUUCAAAGAAAGGAAUGAUUGGACAAGUCGUUAAUGCAAAGGUGACGUCGGAUCUUUUGGUGCUCCCUGGAAAAACAUAUGUAGCGCGCAAUAUUAAUUUAGGAAAGGUGGAAACGCUUGAUAUGGUCAACUUCAACUCGGCUCAUAAUUAUAUUCUAUACGACGAUUGGAUUGGAGAUCUAGUGAACAUAACAAAUGAUAUCACGAUGAUUUAUAAUGGCCAUCGGUUUACGGUUCGUGACAACGGGUCUCUUGCUUUGAUCCGAAAAGAUAGAUCUGAUGAACAGAAGAGCUGUAUUCCUGGUGAAGUUGUGCAGAUGUUGAUCUCGGAUGUCUUAUCAUCGAACGUUAAAUGGGAAAAAGAGAUGCCUUUCAAGCUGAGAAGACUUUCCCGCAAGAAAAGCGCUCUUUAUGGAGAUGACUCGAUUACGUGCCUUGUUGAAAAAGUUGAGCCAGUGACUGUGGAAGUCAGAUGGCUGAUGUCUCCAUCUUCAAUAGAGCAUCCUCCAAAGAACAUUGAAAAAUCUGAUUUCAACAAGCUUACAAAAGUCGAUCUUUCUGCUAACCUACGCAUAGCGGCGGAUGAUCGCGUGCGGGUAAAGACAACUGAUGAAGACAAGGCAAUUACUCUUACCGAGUAUAACAAGUACCUUGACGAUCAGUAUGGCAACAAAUUCGAGCAAAAAGUGAAACCUGGUAAUGCUUCUAUCGCUAUUAAAUCUUCAAACAGCUCAAUCGUUAAAGCUGUUCAUAAAGCAGCCUCGCCGCCAGGAGAUGAAGGUGCGCCACCAGAAAAGAAUGCAAAAGUUGGAUCUUCCGCUGAAAUUCCUAUUUUGAAUACCGAAAAGAUGGAACCAAUAACUGAACAUGACGACGAGAGCAUGCAGCUUGGAGAAACAACCACUGACUGUGAUGAGCAGGAUGCCAAUCGUAUCGACGGACAACGUGGGCUUGUUAGAAAGGCUCAUCGUCCAAGAAUGAAGAGAGCACGAGUUAAACAUCUUGAUCAACAAGAUCAUUUACCGGGAGUUCUCGUUGCAAGAAAAGAUGGAAAUACAAGGGAUGAACUCGGCUUAAUUCUUCAAACCGAUCAACGGGAAAGGUGUGCCCUAGUUCGAUGGUUGGAAAUUGCUGGCGAUGCAGUUCCCGUUGAUAAAGGAGAAGAACAAUGUACGCUUUUUGACAUCAUGCCGCAUCCUAUGUAUCAGAGAAUGAUGGUUGGAGCAAUUGGUGUAGAAAUCGGAAAAGAACCUCAGAAAUUGAGCGACGUCGUCUUCCAAGUGAAAUCACAUUUGAAAAGUGGACAAUCUGAGGUCGAGUAUUACAACGGAACACGGGCUACCCUAUGGCCAACUGAAAUGGCUCUUCUUUUCGUCCCUGAAGAUGAUGACACGACGCAAAGUUCCGACGAAGAAACCGAUAACGACGAAUCAUGGACUAAUUGGUCAAUUCAACAAGAAGAGGAUCUUACUGUCGAUCAGCCAUCAACUAGCUCUGCCAACGUUACUUUUUCUAACUUCAUUGCGAGAGGGGCCAAACUGUUGUUUGGUAAAGAGAGUUUCUUCAAAUAUGUUCUAUCUGGACCAAAGUUAAACUACUCGGAUAGAUACAUUCAAGAACUUAUUAGCCAAGGAAAAAAUCCGACUACUAAAGAAGUUGCUGAGAGGGCAAGGUUAUCAAGUAUGGUUAACCCUAAAAGCGAUGAAGUGGUCCUUGUACAAAGUAUGGAAGAAAUCACUGAGGCGAACCCUCAAGCAAGGCAAAUUGAACAAUACAUUGUUGGCACAGAAGCAGUUUUGUCAAAAUCAACAACUCUGGACCUCAGCCCAGAGUUCUUUGGAAAAAUAAUCCGAUCACCACCAAGUACGAGGCGAGAAGGUUUAUUGGCUCACUAUGAAUCUGCGGACGUGGAUGCCAUUCUUGCGAUGAUUGACGUUGUUCCACAUUUGAAUGAAUCUUGCCUGAAAAAAGAUUACUUUUACAAGUGGUUGUGUGUUGUGUUGCAUGCAGAGAGUGCCAUCCAGAGAGAAUAUAUGGACGAACUUUGCGCGAAACUGGAUUUGGCAAAAGAAGAGUUGCAAAAGCUUGAACAAACUUCUGAUAGGAAUGCUGGAGGGUUGGAGAGUAACGAAUCAACAUCAUCAGAAUUACCAACGGAUAACAGCAAAAAAGGCACAAUUUUGACUUUGCCUGCAUGUUCUUCACACAAUUGGAAAGCUUUCGAAAUGAAUGCUCCAGGAAAGGUGUGGAUGCGACGAAUUAUUAGCGAACUGAAUACACUCCGCGAACAUUUGCCAGAGGGAAUUCAUGUGAUAAUUUACGAAGAUCGGGUCGAUUUACUCUCAACAGUCAUUGUGGGACCUCGGGGCACUCCAUACGAAGCCACUCCAUUCUAUUUUGAUAUUCGCUUCAAGUCCGAUUAUCCAACUGGACCACCAGAGGUUCAUUAUCAUGCUUUUUCACAAGAACAGCUGAAUCCAAAUUUGUAUCAAAAUGGUCGAGUUUGCACGAGUCUUCUUGGAACGUGGCAAGGCAAGGGCGUUGAAACCUGGAACUCGGUUUCCUCUAAUUUGUUGCAAGUACUCCUAUCGAUUCAAGCAUUGAUUCUCGUUCCUGAACCAUUUUUCAAUGAAGCUGGAUAUGAGAGUAGAAAGAACACCCCGGGAAUGAACGAGAACUCUCAAAGAUACAACGAGACCGCAAUGAUCAACUCGUUGCAAUAUCUCGAGUCAAUUGCCAGGCAUCCACCUGGAGGAUCAAUGCCUAUCGUGAUGGACGAAUUGAAAAAGCAAUGGCCAAUAUUGAAAGCAGAAAUUUCUUCAUGGUUGGAGGAACGUACGACUCCGGAUUUUCCAGUACAAAUGAGCAAAGGCUUUAGAAUAUCACUUGAGCGAAUGAUCACGCGCAUAUCCGCAUUGAAUCUU